UCUUAAAGGUCUUUUCCAACCAUAGCGAUUCUAUGAUUCUAUAAAUAAGAAAAACGAGCCUGCCUCACUGACACUUCUGCAUUUGAACAGCAGCACAACCGCGUCCAAAUAAACAGUCCUGUUGGUCUGGUCUUUCUGCUCUACUUUGGGGGCUGGCAGGGACUUUCACAGGGCUCCUCCACACAAUUUUAGAAAUUAUUUAUAUUGCUGCUAGAAGAACCAGAGGUCCUAUGGGGCACACGGGCCCCACGGGCGUGGCCUCCCCUGUCACCCUUCUCACCUUGAGCUGCCUUCCAGCAUUUCACCUGCUAUAUUUAGGUAAAUCCACUUGACCUGGAAGCUGUGAACUAAUAUGCUGUCAGGGGUCCAGAGGCAAAAUGCCUUAAAAAGGUUCAAAACUGUUUUCUUGGAUGUAUCCACAAUGACAUGCCCCUGGGAUUCCACCAUGGGUUCUUACCAUCAGGAGGGCGGUCACAAGGCUGAUGCCACCUGCUAGCACUGGGUUUGAGCUAUUAGUAAGCUGCUUGCAUAAUGCCUUGCAUAGCUUGGCUAUUAUUAGGAAAAACACCUCUGAUUUCUGAACGUGGCAGGGUUGGGGUUUUUUGUCAUCCUUAAACUUAGUUUCAUGUCCCUUGGGUUAAGCGUGCAUAUUAGCAUGAUGCAACUGGCUGGCACUGGGGAAUACAUGUGAAACCCUGAUCCUUAGGUCACUAUAUUUUUUUUUUUUUCUCUACACUGCAGCUUGGUUAAAAUAUACCCCACUCCUCCUCUCACCCCAGAUUCCUGCCACAUACCUGGCAUUCCUUCAUCCUUAAUGAGAUGAAGGAGUGGGGGAUUUCACCCUCCUGGAAUUUCAGAGGAAUACUAAGUGGAUUUCUCAUGAAAAGUAUCAUUUAGGAUACAAAUCUCCCCAAAAGAUAGUCCCUGCAUGGCAAACCCUGAUUUUGCUGGUAAUAGCAAACAGAAUUUUUAGUUCCUUGUUCAAUAGCUCCUUUCUGCUUGGGCCUUGUUGUAAGUGUUGCCGUUGAUGGAGGCUGUGUUGGAGCAAGCUCCUGGUGGUGUAGAUGAAGCAGAGGAGACUUGUGGCCUUGCAAAGGUAGGUAGGGACACCAGUGCAACUCCCGGGCUAUUGGCACUCGGAGUUUUACUAGUCACUGCAAUCUGGCCAAACUCUCCAUAUAGCGAAGGCAACGUAAAGCUUGUUAAGUCAAAACAAUUUUGUUCUGGGCUUAGUCAUUAAUUUACUCUAAUAAAUAUAAAGCUGUAUUGGAAAAAGGUUCUUCCAGUCCCAGUAGUGAUGAGGUGUCGAGGGAGGAGUGUAAGAAUAGGAGCAGUAGCGAUAUGUGUGUAAAACGGGAAGGAAGAUUGUAAAUUACAGCUGGUUAAUACUGCGUAGAGGCAUGCAAACACUCCUGGAGUGUGUCUUGACAUGGGAUCCAUCACUGUUGCAGAAAUCUGCCCUCUUAUAUAUGUUGGAAUGGACAGGUUACGGUAUCCAAAUUACAGAGCUCCACAAGGAUGUGGAUUUUGGAGUAGCAAUGCCAUGCUGGACUGUGAACAUCUGCUUCGGAGGCACUCUGCUAUGCCCAGAGCUGCACUGCAGAUGUUCUGAGCCUGCAGUGAAGCGGCUGUGAUAGCCUCAAGCCGUGUUCCAGCAACGAAGGGCCAGGGCAGGACACUGCAUCUGGCCAGCGAGCUCAGCUUUGCCUCCUGCUUUGGCAGCGUGGCUUUACUGCAACUCCUUGGGGCAGAUAUAAAGCCACCAAGCACCCUAGGUCCCAUCAUGUGGGGGCCCCUGGAUGCUUUCAUCCAGCUCUGUGGUGGCAGAGGGCCACGAGCUGCUCUGGCUGCUGAGGGAACAAUGGAGAGGAAAGCUUUGAUUUCACCAGUGAUGGACACCCUCCUGCUCAAGGGUGGUGCAGAUGGAAGGAACUGGGGGCCAGGGACUCAGGUUUUUUUUUUGCUUUUAUCCUUUGUUAACUGCUGGUAACUUCUUGUUGUGGGAACUGCUGUGACCUCUCUUUAGGUUUUGUUUAUGCACUUUGGCUGACAUUGUUCACAGCAGGCCUUUGAUAUUCAGCCCCAGGAGCAUCCUCUGGCCUGGGAACAGGAAGAGUUGAGCCUGGCUGCCCGCAAGCGCGCUCCAGCCCGGGAAGAAGGGCUGGUGCCCUGCCGUGGUGGCACCACGCAGUGAUGGACCUUUCCAUCACCUGGGGAAGAGAAAUUAGUCACAUGCCAUUAUGGGCUGUCCCAAGUUGAUGACUUGUGCCCAGCAUUUUCCCUCCUUGGCCACAGCAGCAGACAUGGGCUGACAGCUCUUGCUCAGGCAGGAGCAGCUGAUGGUGCUGCACUGCCAGUGGAUGGAGAAGAUGUGAAGAAGAAUCUGGCAGUUAUGGGAAUUUCAUGUGUUUUUCUAGGAAGAGAAAAACUAGGAGGUUGCAAAGCUUUUCUACUGGGUUCGGGCUGCAGAUUUAUGCCUGGAAGAGUGGGGAGAUGCCCAAACACGUGUGAUCUGGGGGAGCUUUGCUCAGGCUUCCAGUCUGCAGUGUCAUGAGGGUGGGGUGGCCGCUCCACCGACCCCUCUCUUCAGGGCUGAAUUGAGGCUGGAAAGGGAGAUUCCCCAGCUCCUGAGGGCUUGACUUUGCAAAGUGCUGUAAAACUUGCACAUCCUACACCUUUGUGAUAGUUGCUGUUCACAGGAGGCUUUGCUUCUGCCCCGCACUGCCCAGAUCCAUUUGUCUGGGUAUUAACAAAACCAGCUUUUAUAAUGAUGCAAAAAUGGAGGGAAUAAUCCAUAUAUAUAUAUUACCCUUGAGCCUGUUCUCUUGAAUGCAUUUUAAAAAUCUCAAUGAAUGCUGUUUUUCACAACACGACAGAUUCACCAGGCAGCAAAGACAACAAUUCCCAGGAGCCAUAAACCCCUUGAGUGUGUUUACCCAACUUGAAAUGCACUUUAUAAUAUUAUUCACCUUCAACCUACUCUGCUAUUUUACAUGCUGGGAUCUGAAAUGUGUAUAAGCACUGGUUGUGCCGUAUGCCUUACAGAGAGAUUGGAAAUGGGUCUUUAAUUGCCAAUUUAGCGAGCUAUGGAGGGCAGUUUUUAUUUCAAUCACAGGAGGCAGCAGUCACAAACAAUUGAUUUUAUCAGGUAUCAAAGUAUACCCUUACAAUCUGGGAAGAAGGGCUCAUUGAGAGGGGUUUUAUCUCAAGCUCCAGGCUUUAUGGGGAAGGUUUAAGUAGACGGUCACCCUUUCAAGGAGAACUUUAACUUUCAAGCACUCUCCAAUACCCAGCUGCCUGCCCCAGCAGCAGAGGGACUGAGCUACACCGAGCCACACGGGAAGCGGAGCUGGUUCGCAUGUGAACGUCUCUAUUCUGCAAGAAGCAGAUAUUAAGAAAACAAACAAAAAAAAAUACCCCCAAAACCCCCACUGUUCUGAUCUUAAACCCAAAAUAGCAAUUUGGUAUUUCCCACAGAAGGAACUCCCCCCCGACUUGUUCUGAGCAGCUACACUGACAAUUUCCUAUUUUUCUUCCUUCUAGAAGGGUGUUUGAGCAGCUCCAGGUCCUGAAUUGAAGGAAGUCUUUUCCUGAAAUGCAGACAGAAAUGCUCCAGGGUUUUCUGGCUCAGGAAAUCAAUCCUCAAAUCUGAGGCUGAUUUCUUUGGAGCCACAGACACCAGAAGUCCCCACCAGGCUGAAAUUCUGGGUCUGUUGAUUUGCAUUUGCUGGUGGCUGUUGUUGGAAAGGAGGGAAACAGGCUGCCUCAUCCGAAACAGAGCAAAGGCAUCGUAUCCUCAUUUGGAAACACUGGACACGUGUGAUGGGCUGGACUCUGAUACUGCCCAGAACGUAACCCCGGUUAUUCGAGUGCUGCUGCAGGUCUCUUGCGUCUGUACGGUAACAUCGCUAUCAGGGCAGCUGACAGGUAAAGCCACCCUUCUUAUGGAGGAGAAAGUCCUAAACAUGGAAUAUCUGUAUUUAAAUCCCUACAACCUGGUCCCUGAUUCUCACAGCCGUAUGUCUGAGCUGUAGCUCUCCUUGCACGUAGCUGCUCAGGCCCUGAGUCCAGUCCUGCUAAAACUAACGGGGGGGUGGGGGGACUUUCAUUAACUGUAGAAACUAGAUCUGGCCCUGAAAGAUGGACAAAGGCUUCUAACACUCCUGCUCCUGGUGAGGCUUUUAUGCCUUCAGCUAUCAAAUGUGUACUCUGCUGAGCAGCAUCAUUAAAGAUGCAUGAACUGUCAGGAUCUCUGUUUCCCAGCGGGGCUGGCGCGUGCAUUGCCCAGGGCUCUGAGCAGCAGCUCCAGCAUUAAGUCUCCUUCUGCUCUUUUGCUUCACAGAUGGUCAAGACCUGAUGAACUCAGAGCAUCUCUGCAGUCAGACCAGCCAGGUACAGCUAUCUGGUAUGCUUGGAGUCAAGGGGGGGAUGCUGGCCAUUCACGGGCUGCUUUUUGGGGUGCUGGUCCAGGAAACCAGCAGUGUGUGGUUGCUCUCAGGAGAGGAGUAGGACCUGAGUGAAAGCACCAGAGCCAUGGGAACAGAUGGGGGGAACUUCCCAUGAAUAAACUCAUCUGGAAAGCAGAAGAUGAAGUGCCUCGGGCAGCAGGACUGGGGGACUGAGCUGGCUUCGAGACAUAGCAUGGCUGGUUCCUCUCAAGGGUUACGUUAUGCAAGUGCCUGCCCAAACCAAGGGCUUGGGGUUAUGAUUCAGGAAACCUGUUUACGGUUUCUCUGUUCCAAAGGACUCUGAGGCCAAGUUUCUCUCUGAGAUUGGAUUCAAAAAUACACUAAACAGUUGUAUAUCUAAACAGGCAUGCCAGGCACACCCUUAAACACUUCAGCUUGUCAAAUACCUGAAUGCCACAGAGGAUUUUAUGGCUAAACAUUCUGUGCACUUAGUGUAAACCAGAUUAUUGUACAAUAUUUGCUUAAACUGGAGAGAAAGCUCACAGAUGAUGACAAAGCACUGAUGAGUUUCAAGUGCAGUGCACAGGAGAUAUUUGAAUUAAUUGCCAAUCAACAGGUGUCCAAUAGGAGGUGGAAAGCCCUUUAAUGGGACCAGUAUGUGAUAGCUGGGUAGAAAAUGUCAUGUUUCUUCUCUGGUAGUGCUCUGGUCUUCCCUCUAACAACCAGAAUCCUCUGCAAACUCAACGUUUGCUUUCAAAAUCAGUGUUGCUCUCUGUAUCAGCCUUCAUAAUGUUGUUCAUGUUCCUGUGAUCUAGGGGUGUGUCUCUGGGUCUGGACUAUCGCCAUGCAUUUACUACUUUGAACAGAUGAAAGAAGCCAGGGGUUAGAGAAAUGUGUAGCACUGCAGGUGUUUCUUAGGAAGGUGUAGACCCCAUUUUGCUGAUGUACCCAUCUGGCUAGCAUGGCUCUGCUCUGGGUUUCUGUGGAAGUCUCUGCUGCCUCUAGGUGUAGCCCCCAGGCUGGAGAACAGGAGCAUGGCAAUUAUUUUCCAAGUUUCUAUCAGUCAGCUUUGUGAAGUAUAUGUGUAGGAUCACCCCUGUUCCACAAGUGAAUUAUAGGCUGGAUGAUUUCUUCAAGGCCAGAAACUGAGAAAUUCAAGGUCACUAUCAGGAGCGAUGGCUUAUGUCGGUCACAGGAAGGGAGUGGACGUGGCUGCAAAUAAAAUAGUGUUGUUUUAACUAAAAGCUUAACCAUCCUUCAGUAAAAGUCCAGCGCUGAAAUGUUUUAGGAGCGUCUUGCUUUGCCUAAUGUGAUCUUUUCUUUCCAAAAGCCUUCAGCCCUGACCCUAGGGCUGUCCAGAAAUGCCUGUUUUCAGGUAGCCAGAGGGUCUUCCUUCUGAUUCAAAGUCCUUUGGGAGGGUGUUUUUUGAGGUUCCCCUCCUCAUUGCUGUCACUUUUAAACUCCCUAGGACGGUAUCUGUUGCUAAUAUGUUAGUCCAAGGAGCUUGUGCAUUGCCAGAAGUGUGCCAUGCUUUGAUGUCUUGACUGUAAGCUGUAUCUGGCCCUUAAAACAUCUUCCCCCUCCAAGCUUCUCACAGGCACAGAGAUACCGGGUUAAACGAGCUGAUUCCUGACCUUCAAAAUUUCCAGCCAGAUGCAAAGUUUGCACCUUGAGACAAUCUUUCUAAUUAAUCUUCCCAACCUGCUGUGAGGAAGGUUUCCACCAUAUUCUCAUCGGACACUGCAAUGGGCCCUUCCCAGCUCAGCCUCAAGAUGCUGGUAUAGCAGCAGGCGGCUGCGAUCCAGAGGAGCUGCAGUGGGACAUCAUUUCCCACUGGGACAUCCCUCACCCCCUCUCUCUCGGCAGAAGCAAUGGAUGCCCACGUGGACCUCCUGACAGAGCUGCAGCUGCUGGAUAAGGUGCCCACACUGGAGAGGCUGCGGGCAGCCCAGAAGCGGAGGGCUCAGCAGCUGAAGAAAUGGGCACAGUAUGAGAAGGAGAUGCAGCACAAGAAGCGCAAGCAUGAAAAGAAGAGAAAUGCUGUUAACCGAAAGAAAGUGUCUUUUGAAGCCAGCGUUGCUCUGCUGGAGGCUUCUCUGAGGAACGACUUGGAGGAAGUGUGUUACUUGCUGAAGAGCAACAUCAGCCCGGACCUGUGCAAUGAAGAUGGAUUAACUGCACUGCAUCAGUGCUGCAUAGACAACUAUGAAGAGAUAGUCAAGCUUCUCCUCAACCAUGGGGCCAAUGUCAACGCGAAGGACAACGAGCUGUGGACUCCAUUGCAUGCAGCAGCUACAUGUGGUCAUAUCAACCUGGUGAAGAUCCUCAUCCAGCAUGGAGCAGACUUGUUGGCAGUGAAUGCAGAUGGCAACAUGCCGUAUGACCUCUGUGAGGAUGAGCCAACUCUGGAUGUCAUUGAGACUUGCAUGGCCUAUCAAGGAAUUACCCAGGAAAGGAUCAAUGAGAUGCGGGCUGCUCCAGAGCAGGUCAUGAUCUGUGACAUUCAUGACAUACUUGCGACUGGACAAGACCUGAACAGGACUGAUGCCCAAGGUGCUACGCUGCUGCAUAUAGCUGCAGCCAAUGGUUACCUGCAUGCAGCUGAAGUCCUUCUUGAUCAAGGGGCAAGUCUAGAUGUUAAGGACUGGGACGGCUGGGAACCUCUUCAUGCUGCUGCUUUCUGGGGACAGAUGCAGAUGGCUGAGUUGCUUGUGUCCCAUGGGGCUAGUCUGAGUGCCAGGACAUCUUUGGAUGAGAUGCCAAUAGAUCUGUGUGAAGAGGAGGAAUUCAAAGUCUUACUUCUGGAGUUGAAACACAAACACGAUGUGAUCAUGAAGUCUCAGAUGAGGCAUAAAUCCUCCCUGAGUCGAAGGACCUCCAGCACUGGCAGCCGGGGGAAGGUGGUGAGGAGGGCCAGCCUUUCGGACCGAACAAACCUCUACAGGAAGGAGUGUGAGAAAGAGGCCAUUGUCUGGCAGCAGCUGGGGGCGGCAGAAGAAGGAAGAAACUCGGGUCUCAUUGGAGAAAUUGGGGAGACUCGGUCUGACCAGGAGAACACAGACCCUAAUUCAGUGCUGGAGAACUCUUCCCUCCUUCCGGAGUUGGCAAACAAAAGCACCCAGUGUGACUCUGAAAUCCCCCUACAGAAUGGCCUCAUGGCAUCUGCCAGCACUUACCAGUACACCUUUUCCAAUGGGGACAUUUGGAGUAUGCACGCUGACCCUGACAGUAACCCAGGCCACAUGCUGCCCUACGGCAACCCCGGGCUCCCUGACACACAGCAGUUCUGGGGUGCCUACAAGGAGCAUAACCAUCAAACGCUCUCCGAACUUAAGCGGCAGCGGGCUGCAGCCAAACUCCUCAAUCACCCUUUCCUCAGCACCCACUUCGGCAGCGGCAUGGGAGGAGUUGCUGAGAACGGGGGUGAGGCCAAGUCACACCUAAUUGGAUCCAGGACUUCUCCCUACAGCUCCAAUGGGACCUCAGUGUAUUACACAGUGUCCAGUGGUGAUCCACCCCUCUUGAAAUUCAAAGCUCCCAUGGAGGAAAUGGAAGAGAAGGUGCAUGGGUGCUGCAGAAUUUCCUAGUCUCCCCUGUUUCUCAUCCCAAAGGAAACAAGACAUGGGUGGGCUGGUUGGAUCCAUCACAGCGGUCAGGUUGUUUGCAUUCCACAGGGAGAAUCUAGUUAUGGACAUCCUGACUGCGGCAGCCUCGUUCAUCUUGAAUCGUACUUUACCCUGCCAAUUACUUCCAUUGCAGUUGAAUGAGUAAUGCAGGAGGAGCAAGGCUUUUAGGAGAGGAAGGGAUGCACGUCAGUAUGAUGUAAAAAGAGUCACCCUAGUCUUGCUCCCUGGGGAAGAAGGUAUGGCGCACUGCCUCCCCAUCCUUGGGAAGUCAUGAGAUGCCUUGGAAUGAAGAAAGGAUCUGAAUUAAAAUCUUUGCAUCUGAGCCUCUUGCUGUAAGUCACCAAGCUUCUGGAAGGUGACAGUUCAGACCUGAAUUCUCACUCGAGUGAUGCAUAUAUAUAUCCUGGAGGCGAGAUCAAGCCCCACACGGGGUUUGCAAGAGUGGACAGAGCUGUUUUCCGUACAGCUGGAUCCAGCACUUACAGGGCCUGAGCAACAAGCAAGCAUAGAUGCUGCGCUUGCUUUAGGAAGUUUGCAAGGUGUUAUCUCCUUGCAGUGACAGCUCGCCAUCAAAAACUGUGCACUGGUUGGGUCCUGUUCUGCUCAUGUAAACUCAUCACUGCAGACUGCCAUCAGGUUUUAAGCAGAACUUUUCCUGGGACAGGCUUCACUCAAUAGGCUUUAAAACUGAUGUUGCAAUAAGGGGCCCUGGCAAUAGAAUUUUACUGCAAUAAAAUACUGACAAAGGUCUAUAUUGGGAUAAGUAAUUUAAACACCUUAUUUGUACUAUUUAGACUCUUAAUUUGUUAAAA